GGUGAUCCGCUCCCUCUCCCGGGGUCCGGCGGUUAGAGGUGGCUGUGGACUCGCCGUGAGCCCUUGCUUCUCAGGCUGCAAAAUGGCCUCCUCGUUCGUCACCCCACAGUUGUGACGAGUUUUCAGCCGCGCUCUGGCCCGAGGUGGAUCUGGUCGCGUCGAAACCCAGUGCGAGGGCUUCCUGUGGUUUUUUUUGAGCUCUUUUUUUUUUUUUUCUGGACCCUUUGAAAUAUGCACGAUUGUGAGCUCGACUGGUCCAUCCUUUUGUGCUGACUAGUCCGUCCUUUUGUGCUGUGGUUUCAGUAAAGGAAGAAAAGAUGCGUGUGUGUACUUUCCUUUUAAAAUGUUUUUUCUUUAAAAACAUUUUUAUGUGAUAAAAAGCCAAGCCGUUAUUUGUCUUUUGCACCAAAUAGUUUAUUCGAUUUGUCAAGUACGUUUUUUGUUUUUGUUUUUUGUCAAGUACGUUUUGAGCACCGACAGGCUGUACGCCAUCAAUACUACAAGCCCCUCUUUCUUUAAGCCUUGAUAUCUAAUUUCAGCUUCUGGUGAAAUUUCUCUAACAAAGAAAGCUAGUGACCUCCUUUUUGUUAAAUUUGGUUGGUGUCUUUUACACCCGAAUCUUUGGAGACCUUACUUUGGUAUUGGACAGAGUCGACUGCCUGCCUCUUUGAAAGGGUGGAGAUUGGUACCUACUUCAGAGCACUAUUUUGAUUCGGAAAGAACUUUGCAAACUUCACUAUGGAAAUACUAGGUCUUAUCUCCCAUCUUCUGUCAUAAUACAGUCUGAAGAUAUCUGGAUCAUUUGGACUUCCUGUAAAACAUCACAUUGUUCCACUACAUUGAUGGCAUUACCUUGAUCAGAUCAGGUGUAGACUCUGCAGGGUUAGGGGUCUUGUUCCCCAAAGGAAGCAUACUUUUGCCAAGAGGCACAGCAAGAAUCCAAUGAAUUACUAGCUAAGUCUUCUUCCUGGUGCACAUUGGGCUUCUUGUGUCUAGGGACAAGACACAAGAAGUCACUAUGUUGACAGAGGAUGAAAGGCCUACUAUGCUUUUGAAGAAGCUACUCUUGGAGCAUAUAUGGUAACUAAGGGUGCAAAAUGGUGGACUCUGAAAGACAGGGAGAUGAGUUUUCUAGAUACCACUUCAUAGAAGGCUUUGCUGCCUAGCUGCGAAGAGUGUGAUCAGCAGACACUUCUGAUGACAACUAAAUGUCAGAUCCUUCAGGGUCUGCCUCAACUGCAGAGAACUGCCUCACCUAAGGGGAUGGCUUUCCUGGACAGCCCACACCAGACAACUGAGCAAGGCAGGGUUUAAUGGUCUAGCCAUUUCCACCUGACCCAGAGACAGUGCCACAAUCACUCCAGAGCUCUCCAUGAGUUGACCAAGGCUUUGUUGAACCUGCAUUGCAGUCCGACUUUUCUCUCUGCUCAGUCCUGUUUCUCCUCUCUUCCUUUCACAGGAGUUAAUUACUAAUAAGCAUCUUUGUACCUCAACCUCUGUCUCAUGUCUGGUUCAGGAGAACCCUAACGUUUAUUUCACAAAUAGAAAUGAAUCCUGCACUAUAGUUGGUGCUGAGGCAAGAAUACUUGUUUUUAAAAGUUUUCUAUGCUCAGAGAAUAUAAUUUGAUCAUAGCAUAACUAGUGCAUGGCAAAGGAACUGUUUUGUUGAGGAUUUUUAAUGUAUUCAUCAUAGCUUUCAGUGUGGUAUACUUUUACUUCUCUCCUAGUCUUCAACCUUAAGGAAAAACACUGUAAUUUUAUUUUACCAAAAACAUAAGAAAUUUUCUUCCAAUGUAGUUUCUGUCUUCCCUCUAAAACAGAAUUGAGGCAUUGUCUAGUAACAAGGUGGGGAAAUCAGUUUCCUCAACAGGAAACAUAGUUUCUAUUGGUCACCUCCCUCAGCUGUUUACUGAGAAGAAUUUUUUUGAUUUCAGUUACGGUAAAGCUCUUUGGAUUUUAGCCAAAUUCUCUGAGUUCAAAAGUACAAAGCUCUUUAGGAGGCUUGCUCUUUUUAAAUAUUUUUUCAGAGGUUAAAAAUUAAAUUUCAAAAGACUAUCCAGGGUAGAGAAGAGACCCUGAAAGCCUCCAACAUGAAGCUUGCUCAUGUUAUUUUGUUAUUUUUGUGCUUCUACAAAAGUUUUUGCAAGGAUACAGAUGAAAAUCAAGAACAAUGGACAAAGAAACCACAGCUUCCUUCGACAUCAUACAUACCUCAAAAGGAUCUGCUAGACAACAAGUGCCUAAUUGAAAAAUACACACAUCUCUCCUGCAAAAAAGUCUUCUGUCAACCAUGGCAGAAAUGCAUCGAUGGGACCUGUAUCUGUAAACUCCCUUAUCAGUGCCCAAAGAAUGGUACCUCAGUGUGUUCAACUAAUGGGAAAAGCUACCUAACUUACUGUCAGCAGAAGAGUUUUGAAUGUCUUCAGCCAAAGGCAAAGUUUUUAAAUAGUGGAACAUGCAUAGCUGAAGGACAAUUUAGUGUUUCCUUAAAGUAUGGAACUACCACUUCUGAGGGAAUUGUUGAAGUAAAACUUGUAGACCAAGAUAAGAAAAUGUUCAUAUGUAAAAAAGCCUGGAGCAUAGUGGAGGCUAAUGUGGCCUGUCUUGAACUUGGAUUUCAACAAGGUGCUUUGGAGGCUCAAAAAAGUUUUGAAGUUCCUGAAGAUCUCCAUAUAAAUUCUACCGAAUGUCUGCAUGUGCAUUGUCGGGGAUUAGAAACUAGUUUGGCUGAAUGCACUUUUAUUAAGAGAAGAACUAAAAAUUACCAGGAUUUAGCUGGUGUGGUAUGUUACACACAGAAUACAGUUUCUUCAGCAAAUGACUCCUUUCGUUGUGUGAAUGGGAAAUAUAUUCCUCAAAAGAAAACCUGUAAUGGUGUCAAUGACUGUGGAGACCAAAGUGAUGAGCUGUGCUGUAAAGGAUGCCGAGGCAAAAGUUUCCUUUGUAAAUCCGGUGUUUGUAUUCCAAAUAAGUAUAAGUGCAAUGGUGAGCUGGACUGCAUUACAGGAGAAGAUGAAAUUGGUUGUAAAGGUGAACGGCAUAUUGAUCUGACACAUGUAUCGGGAGAUGAUGACCACAGACCUGGACAUUCUGAAAUUAAAGAAGAAACAGAACUUUUGACUGCUAAUAUGGAUGCAGAACGAAAACGGAUAAAGUCACUUCUCCCUAAACUAUCCUGUGGAGUUAAACCCAUCCGGCCCACUCGAAGGAAACGAGUUGUCGGAGGAAAGCCAGCAGAAGUGGGAGACUUCCCGUGGCAGGUGGCAAUUAAGGAUAAUGAGAAAAUCAACUGUGGAGGAAUUUAUAUUGGAGGCUGUUGGAUUCUAACUGCUGCACACUGUGUCAGCUUCAACUCUUGCUGUCUGCUCUGCCUGUUUUGGACUUUGUUCAGCUACUCAAGUUCACCUUGCUCCCUGCUGCAAAGAGACCUUCAUGUGUUACUUCUCAUGCUUGCAAUGAUCUUUCCUACCCUGUUUAUCUAUGUCAGUAAAGCUCACCAUUACCAAAUAUGGACAUCAUUUCUACAUCUGUUAAGACCUGAGGAAGAGCUAGUUGUUCAGCUAGCAAAUAAAAUUAUUAUCCAUGAAAACUACAAUGGAAGCAGCUAUGAAAAUGACAUAGCUUUGAUUGAAAUGAAAAAACACUCAAAGAGAAAAGAAUGUGUGCUGCCUAAUUCUGUCCCUGCCUGUGUCCCCUGGUCUCCAUAUCUAUUCCAACCUAAUGACAGAUGCAUUAUUUCUGGCUGGGGCCGAGAAAAAGAUAACCAAAAAGUCUAUUCACUUCAGUGGGGUGAAGUUAAGCUACUAGACAACUGCUCCAAGUUUUACCCGGGUCGCUACUUUGAAAAAAAAAUGGAAUGUGCAGGUACAGAUGACGGUUCCAUCGAUGCCUGUAAAGGGGACUCUGGUGGCCCCUUAGUCUGUCAAGAUAUCAACAAUGUGACUUAUGUUUGGGGUGUUGUGAGUUGGGGUGAAAACUGCGGAAAACCAGAGUUUCCUGGUGUUUACACUAAAGUGGCCAAUUAUUUUGACUGGAUUAGCUAUCAUGUAGGAAGGUCUCUUAUUUCUCAGUACAAUAUAUGAAAUUGUGAUCUCUUCUGCUCUUUUCCUCUUGGGAGUUGGAUUUUGAUUGAAAUGAUACUACAGGAUUAGUACUUCUCUAGGGAAAAAAUAAUAAAGCACAUUUUAUUGGAUAUUUUUAAAGAGCUCUAACAAAGCCAUAUUAGAACUUUGCUGUAAAUUAUCAAAUAAAUAUUUUAGUCGAGCAUA